UAUUAGCCUUUCUGGCUCUUUUUGUAUUUUUAAAUGAGACUUGCAUAAUUAUGUUUGUUUCAUGUGUAAAAGUUUUCACUGGAAGAGCAGGGAAGGGGGAGUGCUGCAUGUGUGAGAGGACAGAGGGAGAGGGAGCUGGGCUGGGUGAAAAAAACUAUACGGGCUGUGGGACUCAAGGCGACUAUAAAACAGCUUUCUUGCCCAUUGUGUUGAUGUAGUCAAGAAAUAUACCGUAACGUACAGACAGAGACGGAGAUGGAGGAGUGAGGCGGGACCGGUUUGGGUGGCUGCUAAGAAACGUUUGUCUUGCGGUUUGCGAGCAAACUUUGUGAGGAGAUUUAUGUGUGGCGGGGUCUGCCGAUGACAAUCCUCUGAAACUUUAACUCUCGUGUUUGAGACGCAUAAACAAGACUUUUAUUAUUUUAAUUCUCGUUAAGAGAAACGGCAGUUCAGAAAUUAGGUUUGCGAGUGGUAUAUCUGUCCUCUAGACAGUAUUAGAAGAGGUAUUUUGCUGACUAGGGUCUCCGUAUAGUUGACGCGGCUGAAAUGGGAGCGGGUGACGGGCGCUCGGUGUCUGCGGUUCACCGGAGCUCUUUCCUCCUGAGGACGCUGCUGCUGCUGCUGAUACUGUGGCUGACAUGCGUUCAGGGGACGUGGGGACCCGGAGUUUACAAAUACCAGACCGGGACAGCACUCCACAAAGAUCAGUCGAAGAGGAACUGGUGUCCGCAGACCGUGACUAAGACAGUGACCUGUCAGGUGCAGAAUGGCACCACUCUCCAGAGGGUCUAUCAGACCUGCAGGUGGCCUCAGGGAUGCAAUGGAGGAAGCUAUCGCACUGUGGUCCGGCCAUCCUAUAAAGUCGUGUACCGCACCAUCACCUCUCUAGAAUGGAAAUGUUGUCCUGGAUACAGCGGACCUCAGUGUGAGGAAGGAUCAUCAAGUAACCUGGUUGCCCAGGACGCUGUAAGAAAACAGGCUACACUUCUGAAACCUGCUUCUAAAACAGGAGAACAUAUCUCAAACUGUCUGAAUUGCAGUCGUAUCACUGCUCUCACAGAUCGUGUGAGCUCUCUGGAGGCCAAGGUUCAGCUUCUUACCGCUCCAGCCUCCACCUCUCAUCGCCAGACGCAGUUAAAAAGUGAACCUGACUCCUCCUUGUUGAUGGGGGCUCCACCUGCCAAAGGUUCUCCUGGGGCUCAGGGUCCCGCAGGUCCACAGGGCGAGAGAGGCCGGGAUGGCUUACCCGGUAAAGAAGGUAAACUAGGGUCUCGAGGUCUGCCAGGACCCAAAGGUGAUGCGGGCAGCAGAGGUCCAUCUGGGGCUCCAGGGUCUAAAGGAAUAGCUGGUCCUCCAGGUCCUCAGGGACCACCGGGCCUCCCAGGAGAGAGGGGCCUCCCUGGCCCUCCCGGGCCCCCUGGACCACCAGCCCCUGUACCUGAACAAGAUGGCCUGAAAAAAGACAGUCUGCUUCAUAACAACUUCCCCGACCUCCGAGUGACCCCUUCAAAUGGACCACCAGGUCCACCUGGACCCACCGGUUCUCCAGGACCAAUAGGACCCAGUGGACCACCAGGCCCUAUGGGACAAACUGGAAAGCCAGGAGCUCCUGGUUUGCAAGGUCCUGUGGGGCCAAAAGGCGAACGAGGCGAAAGAGGACCUCUUGGAUAUCCAGGAGAGAGAGGGUUCAAAGGAGAGCCUGGAGCACUAGGACCUAAAGGAGAGCCAGGGGAGAAAGGUCUUCCGGUUUUCAUUGCUCAUCCUGCCAACCAUCUGUGUUUUAACAUCAACAAUCACGUUAAAUCCAUCAGUGGCGUUUUCAUCUUGAUAAAUGGGUGCAGAGUGAUUUUCAUAUUUUCAAUUUGUGAAAAAUAUAAGCCAAAUUAAAGAACGAAUGAAAACUCCACUGAAAGGAUUUGCUCCACAAACGCUGUUCAUUGCUUACUUACAGUACUCACUGUUAGCACAUUAUAUGUCUUGGUUUUGUGUGCACUGGUAUUUUUUCCAUAUGUUUUUGAACAAGAGGUUGCCCUUUAUGGCUGAUCUGAGACUGGUUUUUGGCUUCUCACUGUCUAAAGGGCGGUUCUGAACUAGUCUCAUGUUAGCAUACAAGGGCAUAAUCUAUUCAGAGUGUGCAGUGAUGUUGUUGAUUUUGAUUGGUUGGUGGUUGGGGCUGUCUCUGAGUGUUUCCCCUGUCCUCGAAAGCUGAUUCCUUUUCGUUACUGUCUCCAUGGCUGCCUUUCACAGCCACCAGUCUCUUAGCUACCAACUCUGGCAUAUACCCAACACAUAGAGAAGUUAAAUCUUUGCUUUGUCAUGCUGUUACGGCAAAGAAGAAAUGUUGUACUAUUGAUAUAACCUUUGUGUGUACACCAUUGUAAAUUGAUUAAUCUGGGUAGUCCAGCAACCAAACCGCUGGGUCAAAACCGCAGGGGGGCAGAAAUAAGAACAAACAUCUUUGCAAGACGCUGUGCGGUGUGUGUUGUGUAUAUGCUGCAUUUUAGCAUUUGCAGGGAUUUGGUGUGUGGAUGGACGUGUGGAUGGAUACAGCUAUCCCUCAGUGUCCCACAGUGCAUUGCUGCAUGAUCCCAUCUCAUUGUGGUGCUUGUGAUCUUCCUUUUGCCUCCUCAACUUACAUCUAACCUUUCAAUUUUGAGUUCCGUAGCGCUGAGCGAUUACUAGUCAAGCAAAUGUUCUGUUUAAUUGCAUUACGUUAUCAUACUCGACCUAUUGUGAAAGGCUUGAAAAGCUUUUUAGUUCAUAGCAAAUUGAUGUAUGGUUUUCUGCAUGGCCUGCCGAACCCAGAAGAUUUGUGUUAUUAAUCAUAAGACAGAUAAUUUCAUUAAAUCCUAUAGGUGUAGCUUCUCUGCUGUAUGUAGACUCCUUAGAUAUGUAUAUAUAACAUGUAUAAAGACCAUACAAUUAUUUGAAGAUUAAUCUCUUCACAUUUAUCAACGUGAGGCCAAGCGCUCAUAUAAUACCGUGGAGAAAGAUUCUGGACCAUAGCCAUACUUGCAUCCCUUAAUGAAUAUGGUAUUUUUUUUGGAAGAAAUUAUAUUAUAUAUUGUUUGCUGUUUUAUUUGGCUAGAUGAACUACCUCAUGCUCUCACAGGCACUAACUUUUACAUAAGCCUUACAUACAUAACUCUUUCCUGAGUUCAUCAAUAAUACCGUUUUUCUAACGUGUGCUUGAGCUUGGGACUGUUGUGUAGAAUGUUAUGUGACUAGUUUCUUUACACUGUUCAAGAAAUGCCUACCAAAGCCACAUAAGCAAGUAUUUCAGCAGAUUGUUUUGUAAAAGGGCACAAAGGUUUUCCGUUAGAUUUGUUUUUGAUGUCCACAUAUACUGAUUCUUUGUAGGGCUGGGUAAAAAUAUAGAUUUCCCUAUUAAUAUUUCAGUAAUGUAAUUAAGAUGGAAGGUUGUCUGUCAGUCUUUCCUGCACUGCUUUUCAACAAUACUCAGCACCAUGACAAAAGCAGUCAGAGUAUUUUACCACUUAAGUAUGAUUAAAGAACAAAUUACUUUUAUCUCACAAACCAAUUAUUUUUAAUGAAUCGCAAACAUACAACUCGAUCAGUGUAGUCUGAUUUACAGACAAAUGACUCCUAUGAGCCGGUUCUUUAUAAUUAAUCAAAAACGUGCAGGUGAUCAGUUUAUCCCUGUUGCUGAAAGGAAUGACUCAUUUGAGCCGGUUCUUUUCAAUAAUAGUUCAAAAAGGCAUGUUACUAGUUUGAAUCAUGAGAGAGAAUUUCUUGAAUGCAGAUUGAGUGAAAUAUCAAACCAAGAGUUUGAGAAUCAGAUUUGAACUGAACCGGGAAAUCUUUAUUGAUACCCAACUAAAAUUCCAUGAAUUUAUAAUCCCUGUUGAAAAAAUACAAACAGCAUAUGCUGGUUAGGAAUGUUU